AAAAAAACGAGGGAAACAAAGUUUGAGUUCUUCUUAAUUAAUUGUGCCUGCUUUAUAAAUUUUUAUGGAAAAUAAAUUAAACAGGGUGCAUUUUUCAAAAAAAAAAACAAAAUAAAAUAAAUUUUUGAAUUUUAUAAAAAUUAUUUUUGCCAAAUUUAAAAUAAAAAUUUAUUAUUUAAUAUUUUAGUACAAUAAAAGAAAAAAAUUGAAAUUUUAAAAUGCAAUAACCAAAAAAAAAAUCCGGAAAUUUUUAAUAGCAAUAUUGACCCAUACAUAAAAACAAGGAUAUUAAAAACAUAUAAACACACAAUAAUAUUUGGAUAACUACAUUCAUACAUAUAUAUAUAUAUAUAUAUACGCUGUACUUAUGCAAUUAUUAUAUUUGCAUAUAUACAUAUGUAUAUAUUAAUACACAUGUAUUAAUAUACAUGCAUAGAAUUAUUUCUACAGAAAAUAGUAAAAAAAAAGAAUACUAGUUUUAUUUUCAUGACCAUAAGGCGCGGAAAAUCAAUAUUAAAAAAAAAAUCACAUAAAAUUUAAUAUUAUAUGCUUUAUUUAUGUAUAAAAUUUACGUGCAGAUGUAUAUGCAAAAUAUAUGUAAUAUUGUAUAUAUAUUUGUAGUGUAAAACGCAUUAUUCUCUUCUUAUUCUUAGGAGGAUAAGAAAUGAAUUGAAUAGAAAAAGCAAGGUGUUCGCUUAUGAAUAGCACCACUCUAAGGAAAAUCAUAUUUUUAAAAAAAAUUUUAAAGAAAUAAAAAAUUAUAGCAUGUUGUUUUUUUUAAAAUUUGACAUUUAAAAAUCAUUUAAAAACCAAUAUCAAAUAAAACAAAAAAUUAUUUAAUGAAAGAAAAAAUUUUCGAAAAUAUUAAUAAAAAAAAUAAAUGGUAAAUUGUCAGUAUUACAAACGCGGUUUCAUUUAACUAAGAAAAUUUAUUUGUGAGAAAAAUUUUUAGAAGAAUAUUGUAAAAGUGCAACGUUAGAAUUUUAUUGUUACAUGUUAAAAAAUUCCCGAAUUUAAUUGAAAAAAAAAACAAAUUUAAAUAAGUGUGAACUUGAUUAGUAAAUGUAAAAAUUUUGAAUACCUAUAGUGAUUAGUGUUUGAAACAGAGAAAAAUGUAAAAUAGAAAAAAUUUUUUUAUUUAUGAAAAGUGUCUAUGUUAUUAAAAUUUCAUAAAAUAAUUAUAAAUGUAUAUUAAAUAUUUAAUUAAUUAAUUAAUAAUGAAUAAAUCAAAAUCUACAACAGCCAUUUCAGAUGGCGGAGGUGGCUUUAAUGUUACCCCAUCAAAUACAAAUUCAUCACCAAAUCAAUCGAAAGAAAUUGAUUCAAUACAAUCAUCAAAAGAUCAACCAAUAAUUAAUAAUAAUAUUAAUAAAAAACGUAAAUCAUUAAUUUUAUGCGAUAUUAAAAAUGAAAGUAAUGAUGAUAAUCAUUUUGAUAAUGAUGACAUAGAUGAUGAUGAUGAUGAUGAUGAUGAUGAUAUAAUUUUUGUUGAUAGUAGUGAUGAUCCUGAUAAUGAAAUAUUAUGUAAUAGUUUAACAACUGUUGUUGGAUCAGAAAAAUGUUGUGAUUCAAUAAAAAUUUUAAACAGUACAACAACAUGUUAUGAUUCUAAUAAUUAUAAUAAUAGUAUUAAUAAUAAAAAUAAUAAAAGUAAUAAUAGUAAUAAUAUAAUAUUAAAUAAUAGUAAUAAUAGAUUUCAAAUAAAUAAUCGCCAUGUUAAAUUAAAUCAACAUCAAGUUGAAUAUGAUAGCCAAGGUGAAGAAGAAGGAUUUAUUGAUUCUAGUAUGGAAUCGGCAAUUGAAAUAAAAGAAUGUUGUACAAAUAAUAUACAAAAGAAUACAAAAAAUUCAAAAAAAUCAUCUGAAUUUAAAAUAAUUAAAAAUAAUAAAAAUUUUAAUAAAUUAAAUAAAACAAUAAUUAAUAAUGAUGGUGAUGGCGGUAAUAGUAGUAGUAGUAAUAGUAAUAGUAAUAGUAAUAAUAUUAAUCAUGAUAAUGAAAAUGAUUUAAUUGAUAUUGAUCAUAUUGAUGAUGGUGAUGAUGGUGAUGAUGAUGAUGAUGAUGAUAAUAAUGAUAGUAAUCAUAUAAUAAAUAAUGAUCAUAAUAUUAAAAAAAUAAUACAAAAUAUGAAAAAAUUUAAUAAUAUAAAAAUGAAUAAUAGUAAUAAUGAUAAUAGUAAUAAUACAAAUACAAUAACAAAUAUUAAUAAUGUAAGUGAUAAUAUAAAAAGUGCAAAUGAUUUAAUAUGCUAUUGUUGUAAUCGUGAUGGUUGUAUUUCAUUAAAAGAUAUUUUGAGUGCAUUUAAUGCACCAAUAUCAGAAGAACAAGCAUGGGCAUUAAUAUUUCAAUUAGUUAAAUUAUAUCGGGAUUCAAUUAUUAAUGCAUAUACAAAUGGAUUAAGAUGCUGUAAAGUUAGUGUACCAAAUAAUUUGGAUAAUUUAAGUAUACAUUUGGAUGGAAGCGUUCAUAUUAAUUAUAAAAAAGUUAAUAAUGGUGACAGCUCUGCAGUUACAUCACAUAAGAGGAUUUUGCACAAAAUUGGCCAUGUUAUAUUUUUGGCUUUGGAUUAUAAUUUACAAGCAGAUGAAGAUUGUAUUAUGUCAUCACAAUUAGAGCAUUUAAUAUCACAAAUGACUGCUAUUGAAGAAAUUGACGAUGAGGGUAUUGAGAGAGAUUCUGAAGAUUGUGAAGAUUUAGAUUUUAUAAUAGAGGCUUGUAUACCAAGAGUUCAACCAUCUGUACCUGAAGAUCAUUAUAAGGCUGUUUGUCGUGCUUUUGCUACUGAAGCUCAAGAUUUAAGGACAUUUUUACAAAAAGUUUUUCAUGGAGAUACCCAAGCACUUAGAAUCAAAGCUGACGCUGUUGACUCAAAUCAAGAACUAGAUAAAUUAGGUUUUAAUGAUUGGGAAACUGAAGAGCAAAGAGUUUGGAAACAUGUGCAAGCAAGAUUUUGGAUGCAAGUGGUUGAUGAAUUAAGACAAGGUGUAAGAUUAAAGAGAAGAGAUUUUCGUGAUGUUACACGAACACCAGUUGAAUAUGAACUAACACCAUAUGAAAUUUUAAUGGAAGAUAUUAGAGCAAAGAAAUACAAUCUUAGGAAAGUAAUGGUUAAUGGUGAUAUUCCGCCUCGAGUUAAAAAAGAUGCUCAUGCUGUUAUAUUAGAAUUUAUAAGGUCACGGCCUCCGUUAAAAAAGGCAUCAGAACGAAAACUCCCACCACCAGUUAAACGUAAUCCAUCACCACGAGAACAACUUAUGGAUUCGAUAAGAAAAGGGCGACCACUUAAACCUGUACCGCAGCCAACGCUUAAAAAUCGAUUGCUUCCAUCAACAAGCCAACAACAUGAAUCUCUAAAAUAUAAUGAUGAUAAAUUUUCAAUAUCAUCGUCAUCGACAUCAUCAACAACAAUAACAAAUAAUAAUAAUAUGACAUGUUCAUCAUCAAUUUCAAAUUCAACUGCUGGCAGUAGUAGAUCAAUUACAAAAAAUUCACAAAAAUCAAAUAAUAAAACUGACCUCUCUCAUAUGAUGCAUGAUCCUUAUUCCAAUAUAGAUGAAAUAGAUUAUUGUAGUAGAUCAAUGGCUCAACAACAACAACAUCAACAACAACAACAAUCAAUACAACAAUUAAAUAAUUUUUCACAACCAAAAAUGCCAGCAUAUCCAAUUGCUGGUUAUACAACAAGUAAAGAAACAACAAAUUCAUCAAAUUCAUCAAAUAAAAGUGUUAUAAGACGAACAAAGGAUACCGUAACGCAAGACGAAUACCAUAGGUUUUUUGAUAACGCUCUCGAAUCAUAUGAUCUAGCGACACAAUGUGAAUCUCGGCGAGCUUCAAUGCGUCGUCAUACAAUAGUUGGUUGCCAAAGUGUAUGUCAUAAUGAAACACAAUCAGUCCCACCAUCACGGCCAGAUUCAAGACAAUCAAGCUGCCAUCAACCAAAUAAUAAAUAUCCAAAUCAUAUGUCAUCAUCAACAAUAGGUGUUACUGGUACAAGUGGUACAUUUGAUCGAUCAACCGGUCCAUUAAAAUAUCAUACCAAAUCAAAUCAAUCUGGUGAACCAACACCAACAAUUAGUACAACAAAUCUAUCAAAUACAGAAUCAUUUACCAAAAAUAAUGAUCAUGAUGAAACAAAUUCACAUUGGAUGGAUAAAACUACAUCAGAUCGUUUAUCAUUAACAUUAGAAGAAAUAGUACAUAUAAGAUCAGUUAUGACAAAGGCUGAAUUAGAGGGUCUUCCCGUAGGUGUUAGAGUUAAAGAAGAAGUAGAAAAACGAAAAAUAUGUUUUCUAUGUUUACGAACACGUUUUACAAUAUUUGUUUGGGGUAUACAAUGUAAAUUGUGUCAAAGAACUGUUUGCUCAAAAUGUUCAUCAAAAAUGCGUAUACCAACUGAACAUUUUCGUAAUGUACCAGUUGUGUUAUUAUCACCAUCAUUAAUUGGAAGUCCAGCUAGUUCAAGUGCUGCAUCACCAUGUCAUCAUAGUUCAAUAUCACAUCCGAAUAGUUCAAUUGAUGAAACAUUUCCAAAAACAUUAAUGGAAAGAUUAAUGAGAUCAGAAUCUGAUCGUAAAGCACGCAAUUCAGUUGGUAGUGCACCAUCAUCACCUAAAAACCAAAGAUCAAAUAUGAGUACACCAGGUGUUGCUGCUGGUCAUCAUUCAAAUGAUUUAAUGACCAAAUCAUCUGAUUCUCAUACACUUUUAAGUAAUGGCUAUAAUAAAGAAAAUAAUAGUACAACAUUAAUAAAUGGUGGUAUUGCUGCCAAUCGUCAAGUAGCUGGUAUUAUGUCAAGAAGUAUGGAAGGUCCUAGAAGUUUACCAAUGCAAAGUCCGGGCAGAGCACAUUCAAAUUGUAGUACCCUUGAUAGAAAGAAUCGUUUUGCUCGUGCACUUACAUUAUCAUCAUCUGCAUCACAUGGUGCUGUAGAUUUAAAAGAGAAUUUACGUGGAGAAAUGAUGUCUGUUUGUAAUGAUUGCCGUGACUUAGUAUUAGAAAUCAUAAGAUCAACAAGACAAACAAGAUCAUCAGCACGUAAUCAAGCAUUAAAAAACCUAACACUUGAUAUAUCACCUGUUUACAAAUAAAAAAAAAAAAAAACCAAAAUGGUUGCAAGUACAACUAUUCCAAAAUUAAAUAUUAUUAAGUAUAUUAUAAAAAAAACAAAAACACAUUUAAAAUAACAAGCGACAAACACUUCAAAAAAAAAAAUACUAAAUUAAAAUUUACUAAAACCAUAACAAAUUUGAAAAAUAUUGAAAAAAAAGACAGAAUUUUUUAAAAAUAUUGUAUAAAAUUUAACAAAAACAAAGAAUGUUAUCGUUCAAUAAUAGUAGAUAUAUAUAUUAUAACAAAACAUACAUAUAAAUUUAAUAAAAAUAUUUAUUAUUAUAAAUUCAUUUUUUCUGUAAAUUAUAAAAUAAUAUUUGACUUCCGAUAAAAUUAAAUAA